AUGUUUUUGCUUAUACAACUACUCGUUAUCGUUCUAGCUUUCAUGUCUCAUGAACAUGAGGCUAUGGCUGCGUAUGUGCCGCCAUACACAUCCAUAGUAGUUCCGGUUAACAAACAUACCGAUGCUGCUAAGCCUCUCUAUAGUGUUGAGAUCAUGACAGCCUAUGACUAUGUAAACGAGCAAUACUUGCAUUCAAACUUCCUUAUAGACACCGAUGCUCCCUUCAUAUGGCACGACUGCAUCGUGCAAUGGAACAUUUAUCCAGGCAGUUGCCCCACCAACACGCUCUGCACAUACGCUGUUUCUUGCGUAGAUUAUCAAUGCACAACUUUUCGAACGUCUUACUCUUAUAAGAAUCCUUCUUGCCCUCUAGAAACCAACACUUCUUCGUUCCCUGGUUGGGGUGACUGUACAUGCUCAGUCAACGUGUUUAACCCUGUGACUGGUUCGUGUAACCAAACCCUUAUCAACUACAACGAUUUCACAGUGAACGUAAGUGACGGUAGAAAAAUCUUCAGUGGUUUAUAUGAUGCACACCCUUAUGCAGCAUGUGCUCCUCAUUCAACAUUUGCAUCAUUUCCUUCAAAUGUUUCUGGUGUCAUGGCAUUUUCUUCCUCGCCUUACGCCUUCCCAGCUUACUUCUAUCAACCCCUUAAAAAAACGUUAGCUCUAUGUCUUCCAAGCAAGCCGUCUGCCCCUGGGGUUCUGUUCUUUGGAACCGGUCCUUAUUACCUUCUUCCUCAAUCAAACGUCGAUGUAAGAAGUUAUCUUUCUUAUACUCCGUUGGUAACGCGACCAGAUUCUUUUGGAUACUUUAUCAGUGUCAAUAGCAUUGUAAUUAAAAAGAUCGAUAUCUAUAAUGGUGUGGUUAGGAGGUUUACAAAGAUUACAAACGAGGUGGCGUGUUUGGCGUUUGUUGACGGUGGUGCAACGAGUGAGCCUGCAAUCGUGAUCGGGACGUUUCAGUUUGAGGACAACUUUCUAGAAUUUGAUUUAGAGAAUUCGACUUUUGGGUUUAGUUCGUCGUUGCUACCAUGUGCUCCUCAUUCAACAUUUGCAUCAUUUCCUUCAAAUGUUUCUGGUGUCAUGGCAUUUUCUUCCUCGCCUUACGUUUUACAAACACUAUCAAUGGGUGCAAGAACCGGCGUCAAGUUAUAUACUCCGUCGACCAGAGCAGUGUCAAUAGCAUUGAGGUUUACAAAGGUUACAAAACAAUUACGUCCUGCAAAGCCUGUCGCCCCCUUCGGCCUUUGUUUCAGCACCUCCACUGCUGGUUUGAAAGUUCCUGAUAUCGAUUUCAGCCUCCCGGAUGGGAAGAAGUGGACUGUAUCCACUGCUAACUCUAUUAAGCAGAUUACAAACGAGGUGGCGUGUUUGGCGUUUGUUGACGGUGGUGCAACGAGUGAGCCUGCAAUCGUGAUCGGGACGUUUCAGUUUGAGGACAACUUUCUAGAAUUUGAUUUAGAGAAUUCGACUUUUGGGUUUAGUUCGUCGUUGCUACGUAAGCCGACGUCUUGUGCAAACUUCAACUUUACACUUACCGACGGCCCUUAA